UUGGUCAGGGCGAAACUCCGCCCCGAGAAAACUUCCGCGAAAGAGGAAGGAAGAAGGGAGCCAUCCAGGCGCGCCUCCUCCUUCUUGGAAGGAAGGAAAGGGGUCCCGAUCUGUAGGAUCGCCUCCCUCCAUGAGCAGAAAAGAGGGCGAAGAGAAGGCCCUGGAUUUUCAUUCAAUGAGUUGGUGAACUGCCUUGUGAAUUGCAAACAUGUCCUUGGUUGAUAUCCAGAUGAGUUCAGCAGACCUUUUGCACAAAGAGCAACUGGACGCUGGUGGAUUUGGAAUGAUUUCAUUAUGUUCCCACAAGAGCCAUGGACUCGUGAUCUUAAAAACAGUAUACACAGGACCGCAACGCAAAGAAUGUAAUAAUUCUCUUCUAGAAGAAGGCAAAAUUAUGCACAAAUUACACCAUGACCGUGUUGUCAAGCUUCUGGGCGUCAUUUUGGAAGAUGGGAACUACUCCCUUGUGAUGGAAUACUUACCCAGAGGAAACUUGAUGUCCGUACUCAAGGCAACUCCUAUUCCUUUGCCCUUGAAAGGACGCUUCAUCUUUGAGAUAAUUGAAGGGAUGGUUUAUUUAACUGAGCAGGGCUUAGUGCACAAGGACCUCAAACCAGAAAACAUCCUUGUAGAUGAAGACUUUCACAUCAAGAUAGCAGACCUUGGUGUAGCUUGCUUCAAAAACUGGAGCAGGCUGACUAAAGAAGAGACCAGCCGGCAGAGGAAGAUCAAGUGCAGCUCCCAGAGCAACGCCGGCACCCUUUUCUACAUGGCUCCAGAGCAUUUGGAACAUAUCAACACUGUGCCGGUGGAGAAGUCCGACGUCUACAGCUUUGGCAUUGUAAUAUGGGCCAUUUUUGCCUGCAAAGAGCCUUACGAGAAUGCCGUAAAUGACAUGCAAGUGUGCUUUUGUAUCAUUAACGGGGAGAGGCCACUUAUGGAAGAAGUAGAAAACAAAUGUCCAAGGGAAAUUAUUACUUUAAUGAAACAAUCCUGGAGUCAAAAGCCAGAGGAACGCCUAACUUUUGCAGAAAUCAAUAUAAUAUACAAGCCAUUUUACCAAGAGAAUUAUGAAAAGUAUGUUGAAGAUGAUGUGAAGAAGAUAAAAGAAGUGUAUCCUGAACCAAUUGAAGUUGUAAAAAGGAUGCAGUCUCUCCAAGUAGAUGCUGUGGCAGAACCACCAAGUAACAGCUCCCAAACUGAUCUUCCCAGUUCACUACACAGCUCUCAGCAACUUGGGAACAACACUGUGGAUGACACCCAGUUUUCUGCUUGUCCAGAGAAUGAACCUGUGGAGAGCUGUGAAAAUGCCUCCGAUCCCUUCGUAACCUUGGAGAGGAAACUGCAAGAUGAGCUGAACUACCAUACGCGUGGCAGCCGAAUGGACAGGCCAGAGAACUAUUCUGCGACACACAGCGCUGCGGCGUGGAAUGAAAAGAGGAAGAUGAAGGUGUCCAAUGACCCAGUUACAAAGGGGCCCGCUGCCCCUCGGGCACAAGAGGCAAACUCUGGCUCCAGCAUCAAUCCUAGCAAUGCCUUUGGGGGCCCUUAUACCUCUCCUUGGCCAUGGCCAUUAUCACCAGCUGGGCCAGGUCCAGAAAAUGGAAAUGCAACAUUGGAUCGAAAGAGUCCUAAUGGCGCAAGGCCUUCAAAUUUCAGUUCAUUCGGCGCCGAAGAUAUGUACAGAUCGCACUCAACCAGUCCUUUUAGUUUCUAUAAACCACCUGUACCAGAAUCAGAAAUAGAUCGAUUUCCUCACGAUGUACCUAAAAGCCUCAGUACUCAAACUGGUCCAAGGGAAUCAAGGCCUGUUACAAAGAAGAACAUUCCCUAUACAGCCACACCCAUGGAUAGUACAGGAGAACCUCCACUUUUCAACAUGUUUAACUGUACUGGAAUUCAAAUAGGCCCUUACAACCACUUGGAAAUUAAAGACCAGUCACUGCCCAGCACACCUCCAGCUCCUUUUCACUAUAAUCACGAAGCCUUCCGUGAGCUAUUUGGUAAGUAAAAAAGCAAAGCGGACUUUCUUCUGCUUUUACUUCUCAAAGGCCCCAUCUACACUGCCAUAUAGAAUCCAGGUCAUCUGUUUUGAACUAGAUUAUAUGGCAAUGUAGACUCAUAUAAUGUGGAUUAUCUGCCUUGAUAAUGUGGAUUAUAUGGCAGUGUAGAAGGGACCAGAGUUUUGGCACUGAGUCAAACGAAAGAUCAUUUAUUCUGUCAAGGUACAUCAUGCCCAAACAUUUCUAGUCGGCCAGUUAGAGCAGGGGGCUUUCUAACAAAGAGUGCUAAUGCCUCUAAAGGUAAAAGUAAAGGUUUUCCCCUGACAUUAAGGCUAGUUCUGCCAACUUUGGGUUAGUGCUCAUCUCCAUUUCUAAGCCGGCGUUGUCUGUAGAUAGCUCCUAGGUCAAGUGGCUGGCAUGACUGCAUGGAGCGCUGUUACCUUCCCACCGGAGCGGUACCUAUCGAUCUACUCACAUUUGCAUGUUUUCGAACUGCUAGGUUGGCAGAAGCUGGGGCUAAUAGUGGGAGCUCACUCCGCUCCCCGGAUUCGAACCACUGACCUUUCAGUCAGCAAGUUCAGUAGCUCAAUGGUUUAACCCGCUGUGCCACUGAGUGUAGUUUGGUAGUGCCUCUACCAAACUACAAAUCCCAGAAUUCCACAGUGUUGAGCUAUGCAUUAUUUUGCUGUGUAGAUGCGCCCUAAGAAUGCUAUAUCUCUCUGCAUUGUUCCUCAUACAGAGAAGGAAUGUCUUGGAGCUCUUAAGCAAAGUGCUGGAUGGAAACACUCCCAUUGGUCCUUUAGUUGGGGACUUGGCAUCAGGGGUGUGUAAUGUCACAUGGAUUGAAAAGGACUUUACUAUGUGAAGUAGAUCUCCGCAUGUACCUAUAACCGCAUGUGUUGAAUGCAUUUCCUGAAUGGAUCAGGAUCUUCCCUUGGAAAGAACCACAUAAGCAGACAGAUAGAUGUCCAGGCUUUGGAAAAGCAGCUAUUUUUUGACAUCAGUUCCUGUUUCCCCGCCAGGAAUGCUAUGGCUUUCUGGCAGUUUUGGUUUUUAUAAAUUAGCUUUUCCUUUCUGAGAAUUUGGAAUUUUUUAGACAGUAUGUUUUACAUGUUCUAAUGGAUCUAGUCUUCACUAUCUGGUCUUAUACACUUUUAAUACAUUGGGAGAUUUGUCUGUGGGAAAAGGGGAAAUUAUAUUGUCAUUGAUUAUUCUCCCUUCCUUUUCUCCACCGCCAGAGAGCACUGCUCCCAUUUCUGACACACAUCUCAACAUUGUAAGGAGCAACUUGGGAAAGCAUUGGAAAUACUGUGCCCGUAACUUGGGUUUCAGUGAUCCAGAGUUGGAUGAAAUUGAAGAGGACUACAAAUAUUAUGGACUCAAAAAAAAAAAUUACCAGAUGUUUCAGUGGUGGCAAAUGAGAGAAGGCAGCAAAGGGGCGACUGUGGGGAAGCUGGCCUUAGCCCUCUAUGCAUGCCAGAAGAUUGAUCUCCUGAACAGUCUUGUAAAAAUUAACCAGGAGUCUGAAAUGAAUAAGAAAUGAGAGACAAGCAGAGAACUCUGCUCUUUGAGAGACAACUUUUCUACAAGUAGCACAUGCUCACUUUUUUCCUUUCAUUGCCAUAAAAAUGUUUUAUAUGGUGCCAGAUUUUCACCUUGAUGCUGCUGGAAUAGUAAUGAUAAAAAUGUGAUUAUUCUUUUUCUGAAUUUUAUAUAGCAAGUAUUCUCCCCCUUCAAUAAUGCCAUGAAAUUUAAAGGAUAGAAAUACACGUAUUUUAGAACAUAUUGCCAAACUGUUCAUGAGACUCAAGACGCCAGAUCUGUCCACGGUAGUCCAUGCCUUGGUUACUUCCCGUUGGGACUACUGCAAUGCUCUCUACGGGCCCUUCCACACAGCCCUAUAUCCCAGAAUAUCAAGGCAGAAAACCCCACAUUUUCUGCUUUGAACUGGGAUAUAUGACAGUGUGGACUCAGAUAACCCAGUUCAAAGCAGAUAUUGUAUGAUUUUCUGCCUUGAUAUUCUGGGUUAUAGGGUUAUGUGGAAGGGCCGUGUGUGGGGCUGCUUUUGAAGAUAGUUCAGAAACUACAAUUAGUUCAGAGAUCGGCAGCCUGGUUACUAACUGGAGUGCUGUACAGGGAGAGAAUUACUCCCAUGUUACGGCAGUUCCACUGGCCAGUCCAUUUUUUGGGGUAAAUACAAAGUGCUGGCUAUUACUUAUAAAUCCCUAAACUGUUCAGGCCCAGACUAUUUGAAAAACCUCAUCUCCGGGUACAAUCCGCAGAAGAUGCCCUGCUCUCGGUCCCACCCCCAUCUCAAGUGCAGUUGGUGGGAAUGAGAGAGGUGGCCUUCUCCAUGGCUGCACCCAACCUCUUGAACUCCCUCCCUAAAAAACAAAAAAAUGGUCCCUGUCUUCUCUCCUUUAAAAAGUUUGUAAAGACCCAUCUGUGUAAUCUAGUUUAUGGAGAGGAGGAGGAUUAGCAUUCCUACACAUAUUCUUGCUGUGACAUCGGAUACUUACUUUAGCCUGUUGAUGUGAUUUAUCAUAUUAUGCUUUUAAUGUACAGUAUUGUGGUUUAAUCGAUUUGACUCCUUGUAUUUAUUAUGUUUAUUUAGUUUAACCCUUGGUUUUCGUUGUUCAUAAGUUAUAUCGAGUUUACUUAUUGAUUUGCCUUGAUUGCUGUUAAUUUGUUGGGCAUUGAAUGUUUGCCAUUUUUCUUUUUUUGUAAACCGUCUCGAGUUUCUUCAGGGAGAGAGGGUGGGUUAUAAAUAAAGUUUAUUAUUAUUAUUUGAAACACAACAAGAUGAGUCCACAGCAGACACUCUGCUGGCUGUUGUAUUGGAUCACACGUCGGACACUUCCCAAGUGUCUAGGGCUGUGUGGUGUAUCGGCAAAUAGUGCGUGCAGAUCCCAGUAAGGUGGCCUUCUGCAGCUGGCAGGUGGUAAUUUUGUCAGCGCCGAUUGUGUUUAAGUGCAGGUCAAAGUCUGCACCCAGUGUGCCGAUCACCACUGGGACCACCUUGACUGGCUUGUGCCAGAGUCUUUGCAAUUCGAUCUUUAAAUCCUUGUAUCGUGUCAGCUUUUCCAGCUGUUUUUCUUCAAUCCUGCUGUCCCCUGGGAUUGCAACAUCGACAAUCCAUACUUUGUUUUUUAACACAAUCAUGAGGUCAGGAGUAUGAUGAUUAUUCAUCAUCAUCAUCAUCAUCAUCAUCAUGAAUUCCUACAAUUUUAGGAAAAACAAUAUAAGUGGGCACAAGGCUUUAUGACUUUUGACUUUAUUUUGGGUAUAGGAUGAUAAGAAUGAGGGCAAAUGGAGAGAUAGCUUUUAUCCUAUUGAACUCUAGGGUUUCACACUGAUAUGGCAUUAGGAGCUGUGCAGUACGGAUUAGAAUGGAAGGAUGGAUGUUUUGUUUUGUAAUUCUACAUAUAUAAUGUGCAUUGGGGAUGGCAUAUAAUUUCGUUGUACGAUGAACAAUGACAAUAAAAGUUAUUCUAUUUUAAAUACAUAUUUAUGUUUUAUUUUAUAGAUGGUUUUAUGUGUUGUGAUGCUCCCGAUGGCGCAGCAGGUUUAACUGCUGAACUGCUGAACUUGCUGACCGAAAGGUCAGUGGUUUGAAUCUGGGGAGCGGGGUGAGCUCCUGCUGUUAGCCCCAGCUUCUGCCAACCUACCAGUUUGAAAACAUGCAAAUGUGAGUAGAUCAAUAGGUACCACUCCUGCAGGAAUGUAAUAGCGUUCCAUGCAGUCAUGCCAGCCACACGACCUUGGAGGUGUCUACAGACAACGCCGGCUCUUCAGCUUAGAAAUCCCCAGCGUCGGACAUUGCUAGACUUAAUGUCGAAAAAAUCUUUACUGAUGUUUUGUAUAUUCUAAUUGUUUUGGACUUGUAUUGCUUUUAAUAUGUUGUAAGCCAUUUUGGGUCCUUUUGUGGGAGAAAAGCGGGAUACAAAUAAAGAUUUAUUAUUACUA